UAUCUGUGGAGCAUAUGCUCAUAACUGUUGAAAAGGGCGGACAACACAGAAGCCACCAACGCUCGAUGAAACUUAGGCGAGGUUUUCCUCUGCACAAGAAAUGGCAUCAGCCCUCAGCAGCUAUAAAUUACUAGUGUCGCCAUCUUCCUUCCUUUCAUGUUCUUUGUUUUUUAUUUCCUUCUCUCGUCUUGUUCAACCUUCUCUUUCUCCGCUCCACUUCCUUCAUCUCUCUUCAUAAAUUCCCAACUCUUCUUCCUCAUGUUCUUGAACCCAUCGACGAUCAGGUCCUUCUCGCUGUUGGUCAAUCCCAAUACCCACGUUUCGAUCUCGCCAAACCCUCUGCAAUGCACGGAAAGCACCCAUCUUGGUUCACCCACUUGAUCAAGUCCGACACCUCUGAUUCAAUCUUCCUCGGAGGGUUGUUUCUCGACGAUAAUCUCCCUCCCUCUUUCAUUUCGCUAAUCGCUUCUAAAAGCUCUUCUGGGUCGGCUACAUUUUCUUCUUCUCACAGUCCGCUCAAGACUCUCAACCUCCAAAUUUUGGGUCGCCGAAAAAGGGGGAUUUCCGAUGGAAGUGGGUGCCGAUUUUUAUCUGUGAGCCUGUCUGCAAAUGGAAGUGGCGAGAAUGAAGAAUACACUCGGCAUGCGGAAGGUUUGUUGGGACAAGAUGGGAAUAAAGGUUCGGUGCAGCAUGAGGAGGAAGAAGAAGAGAGAGAUCAGAAAGCUGUGUUGCGAGGAUCUGGUGCUAUGAAUAUGACCAAGCAUCUGUGGGCCGGAGCUGUUGCUGCUAUGGUUUCCAGAUCUUUCGUUGCCCCUCUUGAGAGAUUGAAGCUGGAGUACAUAGUUCGUGGUGAGCAGAAAAAACUUACUGACCUGAUCAAGACCAUAGCAGCUUCUCAAGGUCUGAAAGGUUUUUGGAAAGGAAAUUUUGUCAACAUUCUUCGCACUGCUCCUUUUAAGGCUAUCAAUUUCUAUGCUUAUGAUACAUACAGAAAUCAGUUGUUGAGGUGGUCUAGAAAUGAAGAAACUACUAAUUUUGAGCGGUUUCUCGCCGGUGCUGCCGCCGGAAUUACUGCAACUAUACUUUGCAUUCCUAUGGACACCAUCCGGACUAAGAUGGUGGCACCAGGUGGGGAAGCCUUGGGUGGUGUUAUUGAAGCCUUUCGUCAUAUGAUCCAAACUGAAGGCUUCUUUUCUCUUUACAAGGGCAUAGUACCCUCAAUUAUAAGCAUGGCACCAUCAGGUGCUGUGUUCUAUGGUGUUUAUGAUAUAUUAAAAUCAGCUUAUCUCCAUUCACCAGAAGGAAGGAAAAGAAUCCAAAAUAUGAAAGUAGGUGAUCAGAAGUUGAAUGCUUUUGAACAAUUGGAAUUAGGUACGAUUAGAACGUUACUGUACGGUGCGAUAGCAGGGGCAUGUGCUGAAGCUGCUACAUAUCCAUUUGAAGUUGUGAGGAGGCAGCUCCAAAUGCAAGUGAGGGAAACAAAGCUGAGUGCUGUUGCAACUUGUGUCAAGAUUGUUAAUCAAGGGGGUGUCCCUGCUCUUUAUGCAGGCUUAAUUCCUAGCUUAUUACAGGUCUUACCAUCAGCAGCAAUAAGCUAUCUUGUGUACGAGUUCAUGAAGAUCGUCCUGAAAGUAGAAUCAUCGUGAAGAUUAGAGCAUGCAUCGCUACCGUUUGACUUCUAUAGCUUUCAGGCCAAGGUUCUGGAAGAAGAGCUAUGAUCAUUUCAGUGCCCUUGUUGACAUUGUUUCUGGGCAACGUUUCUAUGGCUAUCAAAAUAGCAUCUUAAAUUUGUUUUUCUUUCCAAUUUGGGGUGACAGUGAGGCACAGAUCAUACUUUUCAACACAGUGCCCAGAGCUCCAAGUUCGAAUGGAUCGAUAUAAAAUGUUAAGGAUAGAUAACUUAUAUCUGAUCGUAUGAUCUUAAUUUUUUUUUCU